AUGAAGACCUUAAUCAGGAGAGAAUUCAAUGCCUCAAGUUCCAACGAACUUAAAGCUCGAACAAAGGAGAAACAGUGGACAGUGGCACUCUCCGACAUAGCCCCAAAGAGAAACAGUGGACAGUGGCACUCUCCGACAUACCCGACUGGCCAAGAAUCGAAGCCGUUGCUGAGUUUAGACUACGUACCGGACACGAUUGCCUUGCGUUUAACUUAG